CAGUAGCUCCAUCCCUGUUCUUGCUUCCUGCCGGACUCCAUGUUGUUCCGUCAUCUCCAGCUAACAACUCUUGUCCGGAAAACUCACGUUGCAACUCUUCUGUGUGUGUGCAAAGUGUGUUUGACCCCCCGCCCCUUCCCGUCAAACAACAUGGCAGACUACCGGGACGACACCGGAGCUCGGGCGCUGCUCGCCUUGCAGUCGGCGCCGUGCAGUCCGGUGCGAGUGGCGGUGACCUCGCACGGCUUCCCGCAGCCCUCGCUCUCCCUCCCGGGGCCGCCGCUGACGGAGCCUCGCGACGCCGGCCGGAUGCGCCCCGUCCGCCUGGCGUCUCCUCUCCCGCAGGCCCUGGCCAGACUAGAGGGCCGGGACUUUGAGUUUGUCAUGCGCCAGAGGACGGUGACCAUCGGGCGGAACUCGUCCCACGGCUCGGUGGACAUCAACAUGGGUCACUCGAGCUUCAUUUCGCGGCGACACCUGCAGAUCAGCCACGACGAGGCGAGCGGCUUCUCACUGCGGUGCCUCGGCAAGAACGGCGUCUUCGUGGACGGCGUGUUCCAGCGGAGAGGGGCGCCGCCGCUGCUGCUGCCCCGAGAGUGCGUGUUCCGUUUUCCCAGCACGGUCAUCAAGAUCCAGUUUGCGUCGCUCCUCGCCGCUGAGGAGCAACGGGAAAAGGAAGCACUCUCUCCGCCCGUGCGCCCUCUCUUGCCGCACAUCUCCCCUCUCAAGAUCAGCAUUCCCACCAUGCAGCAGCAUGAAGAGCACAUCAGGGCCUUCGGGUCGCCGCUGCCAUCACCCACGGGCACCAUCAGCGUUCCCAACUCCUGCCCAGCAAGUCCGCGAGGCGCAGGGUCGUCGGGAUACCGCUACGGCCGCAACGUGACCUCUGACCUCCAGCUGGCAGCCGAGUACGCCGCCAAGGCCAUUAGCGAGCACAGGCGAAGCGCUGCCGAGCAGAGGGGCGGAGUCGGUGAGCCGCGAAUGGAGUCCGCCGCCGGCGGGGGUGGCGACAGCCCUAAGGAUGAGUCCAAGCCGCCGUACUCCUACGCUCAGCUGAUCGUCCAGGCCAUCUCCUCGGCGCCGGACAAGCAGCUGACGCUGAGCGGCAUCUACGCUCACAUCACCAAACACUACCCUUACUACCGCACCGCCGACAAGGGCUGGCAGAACUCCAUCAGACACAACCUGUCCCUCAACCGCUACUUCCUGAAAGUGGCGCGCUCCCAGGACGAGCCCGGUAAAGGAAGUUUCUGGCGCGUGGACUCCGCCUCCGAGAUCAAGCUGGUGGAGCAGGCCUUCAGGAAGCGACGUCAACGGGGGGUCGCCUGCUUCAGGACGCCAUUCGGACCGCUCUCGUCCAGGAGCGCCCCCGCCUCGCCGACUCAUCAGGGAAUACUUUCCCCCCCAUCCAGCGGGUUGCAAACCCCCGAAUGUUUGAGCAGGGAGGGGUCGCCUGUCCCACCCGACCACCACGAGCAGCUGGCCCACAAACUGGCGGCCGUACCCGAGUACCGCUACUCUCAGAGUGCGCCAGGUUCUCCAGUCAGCGUUCAGCCCGUCAUCAUGGCGGCACCCCCCCACCCAAGUGUAGCCCUGCCCCCCGGCCUGGGCAAGGCCCUUGCCUUUGUUCCAGGACAAGGCCAAGUCCAGCCCGUCCACCUUCUCCAGAACCCGCCACAGUCCUCCGUCACCAUGUUGCGUGUGGUCACCAGCGCUCCUCCCAACGGCUACGGCGCCCCCUCUGUCGGGACCACGGCGCCAGGGAUGCCGGGGGCGGGAAAGAGCGAGCUGCGAGAGGCACAGCUCAACCGAGAACUGGUGAUCCAGACGGUGGACAGCGCCGUGCAGGGGGCGGAUACACGCAACCUGGCACCGGGUCUGCAUCAACUUCCUGUCCGCGCCGUCACUCAGAACGGAAAACACACAAAUGCUGCAGUCGCCACGGCAACCAGCCUGGCUUUUGCUGCUGGUCUAAGCAGUCCUCUCCAGAUCCUGGCGGCUCAGGCCUCCAGCUCACCACCCGUCCUGGUGAGCCGACAGCCCGGCGUGGAAAUGGUCGGAGAGCCUCAGGUCAAGCGGCCCAAGAUGGAGGACGAGGGCGGGGCUAACGAUCAUCAAGUCCCGCCACCGGCCCAGCAGCCCGUCAUUGUCGCCAUGGUGUCGCAAAGCCACGACCCCAGGAAGUGAAACCUCGCCAACGGCGGACUAAAAACACCUAAAGAUGGGAUUUUGGUAGUUUUUAAAUUUAAGUUCUGCAGCUUCACGGACUUUUAACACUACUUGAUAAACGGGAACAGGCCAACUGCAUCCUGGAUCUGGACGGCGGGCCCAAAGCGAUGUUUCACCUUCCACCGGCGAGAAAGCCACCAAGAAUUUUGACUGUGGCGAGUGGGCGGAGUCUGGAGUUGCUAACCUGAACAUAGACAAAGUGAUUGUUUUAAUUUAGUCAACGAGAGCCGUGUGCACAGUUUUGUUUGUAUGGGCACAGAAAUCGUGACAAAAGCCUUAAAACUUUUUUUUUUAUUUGAACCUUUGGAGCUUUUAGAAUGUUGACGUGCACGGGACUGCGGCGUGACCGUGUCAUCGGCACAGGAAGUCCUUUUGUCCUGUAUGUGCUCGUUGUCCGGCUUCUUAGGAGCUAUUUUUUUCUUACAUAUGGAAAAAAUAUUUUGUGUAAAAAAAAAAAAAAAAAAAAAUUGUCAUCAACACAUUCAUACUAGAAGUUUUUUUUUUAUGUUCAGUGGUUGUGAUUAAGGUGAAUGUUUGUAACACAAAUUAAAUCCACGUUGACUCAAA